CGAAUCCGGGGGCGUGGGGGGUCCUCCCAAGUCCCAGUCAAGAUCUGCAGCUCUCCCUCCCUUCCGCCCUCCCUCCCUCCGCGCGAGCUAGAAGCCAGGCCGGCUGUUAAGUAAAGCAAUGGGUGAGGUGUGGAAGCUAGCGAAGUCACAGAAUGUGGAGAACCUGGGUGAGCGGGAAGCGCGGUUGUGCCCGUACUGAAUUCACAAACAAGCGAGGAGCGACUAGAAGAACAUCCAGUUCAUUGUGGAGAAAACAAAAAGAGAAACCAAACCCGGCAACCCCCAGAGUGAAACACUACCGGGAAGAGGCAGAUUGCUGACCCGGGUGGAGGUGGGGUGAGCGUGGGGGGCGGUCACUUGCUCCGGAAGUACUGUUUCGUUAGCCUCUGGUCUUCCGGGGCAGAUGUCGUCGUAGCAGCUGUAGGGAGGGGAAGCCAUUUUUUGUUUCUGGGAAGAGUAAGGAAGAAACCGGGAGAAAAGCGAGGGGGAAAUAAAGAGAAAAUAGAAGGGCUCAGCCCUUUUCCUCUGAACUGAAGAUAGGAAGCAGUUUCGACUGGCGUGUGAGGUCCCGAGGGCCCAGAGAUGUUCUCCCUGUCGAGCACUGUGCAGCCCCAGAUGGGUAAAUGAAGUGUUUUCUUGUGUUCUUUGGGCCAUUUCUAACCCAGGGAAUGAAGGGGAACAUAAUGAAGGGAGGUACUAAAGAACCAAACUGGAGAAGAUUUUCAGGUUCUACAGGUACUAGAUUUUAAGCAGAAGAGUGAUCUAACAAACUUUCAUUUUAAUAUGAUCACUCUUAUCUACCGCUGGGAAUGUGUGGCAGCUGGACAAGUGCCAGAGCAGGUUACAGUUCCUCUCAGUCAUCUCAUCAAUGCCUUCCAUUCACCAAAAAACAUAGCUGUUUCUGUCAAUACAUCUGCUUCUCAAAAGCAGCAUCGAGAGCAUGUUCCUGAGCAUGACACUCCCAGUAGUGAGCCUGUACUUAAUUUAAGGGACCUUGGAUUAUCUGAAUUAAAAAUUGGACAGAUUGAUCGACUGGUAGAAAAUUUACUUCCUGGAUUUCAUAAAGACAAAAGAGUUACUUCCCAUUGGCAUACGUCUCAUGUCUCGGCACAAUCCUUUUUUGAAAAUAAAUAUGGUCACUUAGAUAUGUUCAGUACACUACGUUCCUCUAGCUUGUACAGACAACACCCAAAAACUCUUCGAAGCAUUUGUUCAGAUCUUCAGUGUUUUCCAGUUUUCAUACAGUCUCGGGGUUUUAAAACUUUGAAAUCAAGAACACGGCGGUUACAGUCUACUUCUGAAAGAUUAGCAGAAGCACAGAAUAUAACACCAUCAUUUGUGAAGGGGUUUCUUUUGAGGGACAGAGGAACAGAUCUUGAGAGUUUGGACAAACUUAUGAAAACUAAAAACAUACCUGAAGCUCACCAAGAUGCAUUUAAAACUGGUUUUGCAGAGGGUUUUCUCAAAGCUCAAGCUCUCACACAGAAGACCAAUGAUUCCUUAAGGCGAACUCGUCUGAUUGUGUUUAUUCUGCUCCUGCUUGGCAUUUAUGGACUCUUAAAAAACCCAUUUUUAUCUGUUCGCUUCCGGACAACUACAGGACUUGAUUCUGCUGUAGAUCCUGUCCAGAUGAAAAAUGUCACUUUUGAACAUGUUAAGGGGGUGGAGGAAGCCAAACAAGAAUUACAGGAAGUGGUUGAAUUCUUGAAAAAUCCACAAAAAUUUACUGUGCUUGGAGGUAAACUUCCCAAAGGAAUUCUGUUAGUUGGGCCACCAGGAACAGGGAAGACACUUCUUGCCCGAGCUGUGGCAGGAGAAGCUGAUGUUCCCUUUUAUUAUGCAUCUGGAUCAGAGUUCGAUGAGAUGUUUGUGGGCGUGGGAGCCAGCAGGAUCAGGAAUCUUUUUAGAGAAGCAAAAGCAAAUGCUCCUUGUGUUAUAUUCAUUGAUGAGUUAGAUUCUGUUGGUGGGAAGAGAAUUGAAUCUCCAAUGCAUCCUUAUUCAAGGCAGACUAUUAAUCAACUUCUUGCUGAAAUGGAUGGUUUCAAACCCAACGAGGGAGUAAUCAUUAUAGGUGCCACAAAUUUCCCAGAGGCAUUAGAUAAUGCCUUAAUACGUCCUGGUCGUUUUGACAUGCAAGUUACAGUUCCAAGGCCAGAUGUGAGGGGUCGGACUGAAAUUUUGAAAUGGUAUCUUAAUAAAAUAAAGUUUGACAAAUCUGUUGAUCCAGAAAUCAUAGCUCGAGGCACUGUUGGGUUUUCUGGAGCAGAGCUGGAGAAUCUUGUGAACCAAGCUGCAUUAAAGGCGGCUGUUGAUGGAAAAGAAAUGGUUACCAUGAAGGAACUAGAGUUUUCUAAAGAUAAAAUUCUAAUGGGACCAGAAAGAAGAAGUGUAGAAAUUGAUAACAAAAACAAAACCAUAACAGCCUAUCAUGAAUCUGGUCAUGCUAUUAUUGCAUAUUACACAAAGGAUGCAAUGCCAAUUAAUAAAGCUACAAUCAUGCCACGGGGGCCAACACUUGGACAUGUCUCACUAUUGCCUGAGAAUGACAGAUGGAAUGAAACCAGAGCCCAGCUGCUUGCACAAAUGGAUGUUAGUAUGGGAGGAAGAGUGGCAGAGGAGCUCAUAUUUGGAACCGAUCAUAUUACAACAGGUGCUUCUAGUGAUUUUGAUAAUGCAACACAAAUUGCAAAGAGGAUGGUUACCAGAUUUGGAAUGAGUGAAAAGCUUGGAGUUAUGACCUACAGUGAUUCAGGAACACUAAGUCCUGAAACUCAAUCUGCCAUUGAACAAGAAAUAAGAAUCCUUCUACGGGAGUCAUAUGAACGAGCAAAACAUAUCUUGAAAACUCAUGCAAAAGAGCAUAAGAAUCUAGCAGAAGCGUUGUUGACCUAUGAGACUUUGGAUGCCAAAGAGAUUCAAAUUGUUCUUGAGGGGAAGAAAUUGGAAGUGAGAUGAUAACUCUCUUCAUAUUGCUGGUUUUAUUAAAUAUAAGUAGCCCUGCAGUCUCUUUUUGCAACACUCUUCAACCCCCAUUCUUGACCUGGUAUAUAUAUAAUUCAAGGAUGUGAAACACUUUGUCAAUCUUCUGUCACAUUAUCUGAUUUUGGGUAUUUCCAUGAUGGCACCCAUUGGAGAUUAGUAACCCAUAGCAAGUACAUGAAAACAUAAUAAAUAAAAAGCUGUCAGGAUUAAUGACAGAUUGUUUGAAAAAUGUCAAUCAUGUUGAAAGUAAGCAAUCAUUUUGUGGUUGAUUACUUGAAGUGAGUAAAAAUUGUGCCUUUAUCUACUGGUAAGUUUUUUUUUUAUUUUUAAUUCGAAAGCUUAAGUAACUGAAAAACUAUCAUUUCCUGAUAGUAAUAUUCCUCUUUGUUAAAAAAAAAAAAAACAACAUAUGACAUGGGUAAAUCAAUUUCUUCAUAUAUCAGUGGAAAUCAUUAAGAUGUAUUUAAUUAUGUUCUUGAUUGACCAUGUAAAAUGGCCUUUAAAUGAAGCUAUUUGAAUUGUAAACAUAAAGAUAUAAUCAGAGUUUAAAUGAUUGUAAUAUUUUAAAAACACAGCAUGCAUGCCCAUUUUCUUUCAGAUUCUACCAUCUCACUGACAAAAUUGGUUUCAGAAAAACAGUAUUUUAUGAUGGAAAUAAGUAACAAAGUAUAUUCUGAAUAAUUGUAUAAUUAUAUUUAAUCUCAAAAUCAAAAUGAAACCAAAAACUUAAUUCCUUUCAAAGUGGUCUUUCAACUUAUGCCUUGUCAGAAUUGGAAGGCUUGUGCAUCUGCACAUAUUAUAAGAUUUAUUGGUAAUUUCAUAUUUAAAUCAUUAGAACAUAGAGUGCAUUGUAUUGGUGUUAUAACCAAAUUACAUUCUUGAAGGAACUAUUAAAAUUACGUUCAGUUUUCUCAUUGAAGAUGUAUAUGGUCUUCAUUGAAGAAGAUAGGUAUAAUUAAAGGGACCUUGUUACAUGAUAUUCUUGUCCUUUUUAAAUAAUCUUAAAUUUUGAUAACAAUCUCAAACUGAAAAUGUUGGUAGAGCUCUUUAUAUUCUUGAUCUAGACUCAUGGGUUGUUUUAAUUUUUACUGUCUCCAUUGUCACUCAUGUUCAUGUGCUCAUUCUCUCCCUUCCCCCAUUCUCUGCAUGUUCAUGCUUGCACAUAUGGAAAACAUUGGUAACAUGUUUUAUUUAACCUGAUUUAAAACAUUUUUACAGUCACAUUGAGUUGUAACUUUCAUGUUAUAAAACUUGUUCAUUUUAAAUAUAUAGACCAAAGACUUUUUUAUUUUUUUCUGUGUAAUCAUCCCCACUGUUAGGUUUUAGGACAUUUUUUUUCCCCAAGCCUUCAAAAUUCAGUGACUCUACAAAUUCCCUUUGUAGCUUAUAUUAUGUGAGGUUUACAGUUUUAUCACCAGUCACUAUAAAGAGUAUCUCACUGAUGACAUCCAAAUUGAAUUCCUCAUAAUUCUAGUCUCAGUAAAUUAUAUAGCAAGUUUACUGUGGCUUUUGUGUUCUAGUUCAUUUUAUUGCUUCUACGUGUGUAUGCAAAGAUUUUGACAAUCAAAUAUGGAUAUAUAUAGCUGGAGAAUUUUCUCUUCUGCAUGUCUGGUAAACCUAGAAUAUUCUGUGAAGUGGUUAUCAAUUUCCUGGGUUUAUUAAGUCACAGAAAUCUUCUGCCUGUCUAUUCUCAUCUUGUUUGCAUGUCGAAGAACAGCCAACCACUUAAAGGCUAGUAAGCUGCUUAUUGAGAUCCUAGAUUUAGUCAGUAGUAUAUCAGACCAAUUGAAUUCUCUUGUGAAAAUGAGAACAAGCUUUUUAUUUUUCUUGGGGUUUUGUUGUUUUGUUUUGGGUCUUUUCCAGAAAGUUCUCUGUAUGUAGCCUAGGAUAGCUUCCAAUUAGCCAUGCUUCUGUCUCCACCUCCUGGAUGUUCAAGUUAUAGGUGUGUUCUACUAUUCCUGGCACACAAGUUUUAUUUUACAGGGUUUUCUUUCACCCUGGUUUAACCAUUGGGCCUCUGGGUUGGGAGCUGCCUUGAGUAGGCAUGACAAUCUGAGAAUCAUGUACUUGGUUGAAUUCUGGUUUUCAUGAAGAAACAAGUCAUCCUUGUUGUGGGUCUUCUGUUAAUUCCUGGUGUCAUGAAAUGGCUAUUUGUGAUGGUUUGGUUUAGAUUUUUAGUUGACUUUUUUUUUUAACUGAAAAUGAAUUUCUCCUGGAAAGCAUAUUCCAACUGAAGUAUUUUAAAGAGAGUAGAUUUGAAAGGGCUUUAAGCUAUUCUGAGCUCAUAUUUAAAGUCGUAUAAAUGUCUGAAUUGAAUUAUGGGAAUUGGACUCUCCAGUAUCCAUUCCCCAGUAUGAACACCCACUUAAAUAAUUCGUUAUAUAUGAAAAUACCUUCACUUGGAUUAAGCAAGCCAGAUAAGAACAAAGACCUGGUUGUAGGCUAGCAGUAAGAAUAUGUGCAUAGAGUAGGAUAGAAAAGACAGUUUGUAUAUUCCGUAGGUUGUACUUGUCCACAUGCAACCAGCAGAGCAUGAAGAUACAGUCUCCUAGUGGGGAAGAGAGAAGCAAGCACAGAACAUGGUUUUAGAACUCAUUAAUGGGCUUGCUUACCACCAUAAAAUGCAGUAAUGGACAGAUCCCCACAUCUACUCUUCUGUGGUGACAGUGAGAUCGUGGCUGACUAAUGGCUGUUGGUUCAAAAUAACAUAUAUUCAGAGUGCUGAGUAAAACCCUGCCUGCCAAGAAUAUUGUAUUCAACAAAGCUGAAAUGAAGCAGUCUGAGACAAAAGCUAUGAGAAGACAUCAUCUCCUGAUUUGUUGACAGAAAUGCAAAAGAGAGUUGCUCAAACGGAAAGAAACUUGCUAGUAGAGUAUACCUGAAAAUAUGAAAGUCGUAAAAGUAAGUGCACUUAAAUUUAGAGUGCUCUGAUGAUUGUAUUUAAAUCAGUACUUUUAGUAUAGAUGCUAGUCGGAAAAUAACUACAGGAAUUUUCAAGAGAUUGUGACAACAAACUACAGAUGGGAUGUAAAGGGUAGAGGAUUAUGUUUUUUUCUUGUUGAAGUUGUCAUCUUAGUUUCCGUCUUGGCUUCCCUUAGUGAUGGACUGUGAUGGGGACUUGUAAGCUAAAGAAACUUUCCUUGCCAAGUUUGCUAUUAACACAGCAGUAGAAAGUAUUCUUCUAAGUAUACAGCAAACAAAAUUAAAAGACUAAAUAGCAAGUGGCAGAUGAAAGAAUCAAAGCAUCAUCAAGUCAGGUGCAUAAAACAUCCAACAGAAAGUGACUGGAAGGCCCUUUAGGGCAGUAAACUGGAGUUCCCCAUGGAGUCUCUGGCAGAGCAAAGUGGUCCCUCAUGUGAGGCUUCCAAGUAAAAGAACAAAUAGCUGAGACAUACCAAAUCACAUGCAAGAAUACCCUGCAGAAGUGGACUGGCAAAGUUGAGGCAGUUGCUGGAGUUUCCAGUUGGGAGUGUCCUCUCUGCUCUGUAUCAAUUACUUGUGGGUCAACUUCCUGUGACUGAACUUCUGAAUUUUCUUUCUCGCUGCUGGCACUUCAAAAUUAUGGAAUAAACAGUAGUAAUGAC